GCCGCUUGAAGACGACCGACUGGACGGCCGACUCUGCUGCUAAGCUGCUGUGGUCUUUGGCAAGAUAUGGGAAGGGCGAAGAGAUCCAGAAGCACAAGCAGGCCGUGGCGCGUGCCCGCCUUCAGAAGCGCACCGGGGAUUUGCAGUCCGUGCACACCGAGGAGAGUGAUGGCUUGCUCUUCCAAAUCGCCACGCGCCGCGUCAUCGACGAGAUCGACCGCUUCCCCGUCUCGCUCCUGGCGGAUAUCAUUUACACCCACCAUGAGAUCGGCAUCAAGAACGAGCGCCUUUUCCGAGUGAUUUGUCCAAAGAUCGUCUCCAAACAGAAUGAGAUUCGUGAGGAUCAGAUGGCCAAGUGUAUCAAGGCCUUGGAGGGAAGGGCCUAUGCGCGCUUUAUGAUCCCACUGAAGGAAGAAGCUCAAGGAUUCAGGAGCUUUCGGAGAGCUUUGGAGAUUGGUCAAUCCCCAUCCUUGGAAGGCCUUAAAUUUGAGGGCCGGCUGAUGUUGACCAUGGCGGUGGUCCAAAAGGGCGACUUCCUCAGGCCUUCCGAUAAGCCCAAACCGCAGGGCAAGAAGACCUACGACAAGCCCCAGGCGCCGGAGCGAACGCAGAAGGGUCAACGUUGGCUAAGCCGGAGCGAACUGGCCGAGCUGAUCCAAACCCUCAGGAAGGCGGUGCCGCAGUACUAUCCGGCAGCGCGGAAGGCGGAGGACGCGCAGUGCGUGGUCUUGGGCCGCGACGUCUUUCACCUGCAGUCCGGUCUUCAUGAUCAGAAGGAGAAUCGGGAGCUCUUAAGGCAUGUGGAAGGUUGGAAGGACCUCGGAGGCCCCAAGGCCCUGGAGGCGCCCUCGCCAGCCUCGCCGCCGGCCUCGCCGCCGGCCUUGCCGCCGAAGACGCCCCAGACGCCCAAGACGUCCGCGAGUCCGGCGGGGCCGGCGUUCUCGCCGCCGAAGACAGCGGAGAAGCGCCAGAAGCGCAAGGCCAAGGAAGAGGACCCUGCUGCAAAGAAGCCGAAAAAACAAAUGUCAACAGAGGAGAAGGAGCGUUGUCAGAAGCUACUGGAGACAUUGAAAGAGAAGGACAUUUGCAAGGACUGCUUCUUCAGCAAUGAGGGGUCUGUGGCCAAGCUCAAGCCGGUGAAGAAGGACCUGAAACAUGAUCAGUUCCCUGGAGUGAAGGACUUUACUCAGGCAGUGGAGCGCGUAAUCAACCAGGCGAAAGGGAUGCCGAUCAGGAAAAAACCCGGCGACAUUGACUACGGCAAAGCUGCCACUGAAGCACAAAAGGCUCUUCGAGCUUGGGAGCGGGAGCUGCGGGCGACCACACGCUCAAGAUCUCGAGGUCGCUGA